CAAUCAAUGAUAAUAAGAUAAGGAAAUCUUUCUUUCAAAGCAUGGAAAAUGCAAAAAAAGGACCUUAAGAAAUAGGUAAUUUGUUUACAUAUGUUCUUGCCUUGAGCUUUUUUUUUAAAAAAAAUUCAGGAAGGAUUUGUUUAGUUUCAAGAAUUAGAUAGUAACAAAUUAGAUAAUGUUUGCCUUUUUUUUUGCAGCACAUUGAUGGUGCCUUUGCAAUGCUAAAUUGCAGAAGAAAUGAGAAUGCUGCUUGGUUCCACAACUACAAGAUUUCAAAGGCGUGCUUCCUACCUAUGGAGUUCUUGUAUUUCUUGCUCUCUCAUGAUUUGGCUUACAAGAAAGAAAAGGUCAAAGGUAAAAAGAUUUUCAACGAUUUAUUUAAAGAUAUUGUGAGAGGGAAGGUAUAUCCAGAGAAGACAUGGGGAGAAGAUGUUGAUGUUGUGUAUGGGAUUACUCUUGGAAAAAAAAGCAAUGUCUGGAUUGGGAUGGAAAUUCAUUUGAAGAAGAAAAGAAUCACAGUAUAUGAUUGUUUUCAAAAGGAAAGCAACAGCAUUGAUAUUCCUCAAGUGAAAAAGUUGGCAGUGUUGAUUUCUAAUCUGCUGGUGGAAUCUUCUGGUGAUGAGGUAGAUAAAGUGAAGAUGAUUCCAUUUGAGAUUGAGCAGGCACAAGGUUUACCCAAGACAAAACAUCCUUUCAACUGUGGGAUAUUUCUUGUCAAGAUUCUGGAGUGCCAGUCAUUGAAGAUAGGAGACAUGACAAAGAUUAAUGAUGACAAUGCAUUGGAGCUAAGGAGAACCUUGUCUUGUGAGAUCUUCAACCAAUUUGUGGAUGAGAGCUUUGGGAAAUGAGAAUGAUGCAUGAAAACAUUUUUUGUUUUAGUUAAGACUCGGUUUUAGUUAUGACUGUUUAUUUUGUUAUGUUGUUGGCGUCUGGUUACAUAAGAAAGAUUGGAAGGAUAUCAAGUAUUUUUUUGGGUAUCAUAUAUCUUGGAAGGUUAAAAUAAUGUUUCUGGAUGGGUUUCCAGAAAAAAAGUUAAGUGUUUCAAAUGUAAAAAAGAAUGAAAUGAGAUUAUAUACUAAGGAUUGGACAUGUAUAUGGUAAGCUUAAAAUUGUGAUGUUUACAGACAACAAAAAUUUAGAACCACAAAGGAUCGAACCCAGAGGGAGAGAGUUUGCGUAUUUGGAUAGUGUGGGAGUUUAGCCACUAGGCCAAGAAGAAUCAUCUGUUAAUGGAUUACAUUUAAUUUUAUUUAACUCCAAACUGUAACACAAAAAAAAAUUAAAAUUGAUUUUGAAUCCACCACAUAUCGAACCCGGGGAUAGAGAGACUUUUGAGUUAUGAAAUGCCUUGGUUUAACCGCUGGUCUGAGGAGAAUCAUCUGUUAAAGAAUAUUACAUAAGCAUACUUAAACCAAUUAAUAUAGGAUAGGUUUCCAAAACAAUACAUUUCGAUUGAAAAAAACAAAACUCUUGCCGUCUCAACACUCUCGCCGUUUCAAACUUCUCGAAUCUCACUCGUCUCCGCCUCUCGAAUCUCUCUCUCAUCUCCAUAUCUCUCGAUCUCCGACGAAAACCCAUCUCCAGAACUCUCUCUCUCUCUCGAUCUUUUACGCGAGCUCUCUCUAUUCUCCGAGAAAAACCAUUUCUAGAGCUCUAUCUCUUUAAGGUAUGUUGCAGAUUCAACCUUAUGUGUGUUUUCUUUCUGAGAGAUUGGUCUCCUGGUUUUUGCUUGUGUAUAGACUUGCUCGUUUUAACCUAAUAUGAUUGGUAGAAUUCUAGUUCAUGUGAAAGCAUGUGUAUAGACUCAGGAAGGAUUUGUAUUGUUUCAGGAAACCCUUCCUGAAAAUUGGAUUUUAAUUAAUUUAGACAAAUAAAAUUUUUCUUGUUUACGCAGGAUAGAAACAAGAUGGGAGAUCCAUUACCAUUAAGACUAGCACUGCCUGAGCUGAGGUAUCCGAUUGGAUCAGAGCCAGAGAAGACGAUAUCGAUAAACCAACACUCGAUAGUUGCUUAUAUCAAAACUGUUAAGGAAAUUCUAGGAAAUGAUGAGUUCAACAGAAUAAGAGGGACGUUUUUGGGACCGGUGAUCAAGCUUGGAGAGAGGUCUUUGAAAUUAUCAGCUAAGAUAGUGCACGCAGUUCUCACCAAAAGCAUCAAGACAGUGAAGAGACACGAAGCAUGGUUCCAUUUUGGUGCUCAGCCAAUGAGGUUCUCUAUAAGAGAAUUCCACAUGGUGACUGGUUUGAAAUGUAGUGGUGAAGCAAGAGAACCACGAGAGGAAACCGAGAAAUUUAAGUGGGACUUCCUAAAAGGGCGUACUCAUACAGUAAAGGACGUGGAGAAGCAGCUCAGAAACACAAGAGAAGAUGCUUCUGAUGAGAGAUUCUGCCUUGCAAUGCUCCUCCUGAUUGAGAGCAUACUACUACAGAAGAGCCUUCUCGACGGUGGCACAACUUUUACUUUGGAUUAUGUGAAAAUAGCGCAGGAUAUGGAUGUCUUGAUGACAUACCCAUGGGGGAGAACAGCUUAUAAUUUGCUGUUAAAAUCACUUCAGAGAGCUGUCGACAAAAGCCUCGACAAAAACAAUUAUGAUUUGCAAGGAUUCCCUAUGGCAUUUCUUAUAUGGAUACUUGAGUCAGUACCUUUGCUACAGUAUGCAUUCAGUCAAGUUGUUCCUAUUCUGAGCGUUCAACCGUCUACCCCAAUAUUUUUGUGUGAGAAGUACCUUCAAAUAGCUUCUCCACAGCUGAUAGAUGUUCUCCUAAUUGAAAUCAAAGAUCAUGUAAGUUUUUACAUUAUUUUUUUCUUGUUUCUGUUUUGCCUUAUGAUUCUCCAUUUAAAAGCUAAUUAUUUUUAUGGUUUCAGCUUAAGGUCACAUGCAUCCUACCUCCUAUUUCUAAUGAUCCAGAAGCUGAUGUUUGCAUGGAAGACGAAGCUAAUAAAGAUCUGGAUGACAUGGCCGAUUUAUCCAAGAGAGGUUAUAAGUUUAAAAUUAGAGAUUGGCGAAACAUGUCAGUAGACCUAUACGGUGCUAAUGAACAAAUAAGAAGAGCAUCUUUACUGUUUGGGAAUGGAGGGAUGAGUCAAGCUUCUUCUUCGUAUCAGGAGGAGUCUUUGGAAUCAAAGAUCAACAGAAUCAGCGAGAUGGUGGGAGAUAAUUUAAGGAUCAUGAACGAUCGUUUGUGUUUGAUUGAAAAAGACAGGAAACAGAUUAAAGAACGUGUGACAAAACUAGAGAAACUACAAAGAGUUACUUCAUAUGAAACUCCAAACAAUGAGACUGACACAACUCCAUUUCAUGAGACGGCUUCCAGACAAGGUGAAGCCAAUGCAGAUCAAGCAGAUGAACAACUUAACAAUGAGGAUACACGAGAGCCUAUGAAUGAGAUCACGAAAGAGACACCUGGUUCUCCAAUAGCUCAACAGAAUAUUGAGACUCCAGUCCUUACUCCAAUUCAGACGCAGCAGGAGACUCACGAGCUUAUGAAUGAGAUCAUUUCACCAAACAUUUCCGACACACAGCCAAAUACCCGAGCUCGCAGAAAUCUUUUAACAGAGCAAAAUAAGGAUGUAGAAAGCAGAGUUCAAAAUCCCUUUGAGAUCGGAGCAAAUGUGGAGAUUUCAUCACAAGAUGACAAUACUUGUCAUAAAUGGUAUCCAGGAAAUGUGUUGGCAACAUAUUUGGUUGAUGGGGUUGAGAUGGUGAAAGUUGAGUACUCCGUCCCGUCUCUGGACGAAAAGAAGAGGAAAAGGAGUGUUGAGACACGUGUAUCAAUUGACAGAAUACGUCCUCAACCACCACCUGAGAGAUCUGGAGCGAAGAAAAGUUAUGAGCUAAUGCAGGACGUGGAGGCGUUCGACAAUGGUGCCUGGUGCGCUGGAAAAGUUAAAGUCAUUUUGUUUGAUGGCUCGUGUUUUGUCUCUUUGAACAAUUCUAAAGAACAAAUUUACUUCCACCAUUCUGAGAUGCGAAAACCAAGAAAAUGGGUAGAUGGUGUUUGGGAGAUGACAAAAAAGAUGGAAGAAGAGCAGACGCAGAGUGUGAAUCCAAGUGAAGGAGAUGGUGAUAAAAAGGGGAAGGCGAAGGCUGUCGCUUGUAAGAAAAAUGAAGCAGCUGGUCCAUCAGAAGAUGGUGUUGGGAAAAUGGCAAAAGAGAUGGAAGUAAAGCAGGGUAAGAGUGUGAAACCAAGUCAAGACGAUCAUGCAAAAAAGGGGAAGCCUGAUGUUGGUAAGAAGAAGAAAGCAAAUGCUCAGCCAGUAGAUUUGCUUCCUUUUCUACAGCGAGAAGAGAAGAGGCCAAUACGACCUAGAAACCCUCCUAUACCUGUAACACCUGAGGUAAUCCUUCCAAUUGAUCCAUUUGUGACACCUGAAUUUCCUCGGUUUUCAAGGCUUGCACACUGGAUGGAUCUACGGGGCAUAUAUCGUGUACCGUUUUAUAUCAAUGGAAAAGAAAUUGAAAAAGAGUUCUUUCAAAAAAUGGACGAUGCAGAAAACAAUCUCAACAAAGAGCACAUAAAUGUUGCAUUUGAAAUGCUAAAUUGUAAGAGGGUUGAGCAAGGUGCUUGGUUCCGCAACAACAAUCUUCCAGCAGCAUGCUUUGUACCAGUCAAAUUCUUAGAAGUGGUUGGGUACGCUUAUGAAUCUGUCAGGAAGCCACAUAAGAAAAAAAAACGUUAUUGGAGGGCUGUGUAGGCGAACUUGUGAAAGGUUUAAUACAUCCAAAGAAGGUAUGGCUGGAAGAUGUUGAUGUUAUAUAUGGUGUCAUUGAAGAUAAGUUGAGCUAUCACUAUAUUGGGGUGGAGAUACAAUUGAUGGACAACACAAUCACACUCUUCCAUUGUGGUCUUCCAAAAGCAAAUAUCAAACGUGCUCUUAAUCAAAUCCAAGAACUGGCAGGUAAAAACUCUUUGUGAUUUAUUAAUUUUAUCAUUCAGUGUAGAAAAAUCAGUUUAAUUUAUAUUGUUACAUUGAUAAUGGAUAGGAUUGUGAAAGUAUGCGUAUCCUGAAAAAAGAAUUUUAGCUAAUUUAGAAAAUAAAAGUUUGUCACUUGCUGCUUGUGCUUGUGAUGCAUUUUUACAUAUUCAUUUUGUUGUCUGUUGGUGAUUGAUUUAUUGUAUAAUUUUGGGUAUUUAUGACAGUGUUGAUUAGUGCCAUAAAGAUGGAACUUCUUGGUGAAGAGGUUAAUUUCGAAGAUAUCAGUCCAUUUGAAGUUAAGUUUGCAGAAGGGCUUCCAAAGACAAAAUUUCCAUACAACUGUGGUAUUUUUGUUGUGAAGAUGCUGGAAUGCAGGUCACUGGGAUUGAAGAGCAUGGCUAAUAUAAAUGAUGAAACUGCGAUGGACUUACGAAGCAAGCUAUGUUGUGAGAUCUUCGACCAGUUUAUGGAUAAAGAUUUCCAGGAAGGUCAAAGGAAGUGAAAAUGUCAUAUUUGUUCUACUCUGUUUUCUACUCUGUUUUUCUACUUUGAUAUUAAUUAUCCCUAACGUUUAAGUUUCAGUUUGUAAUGAAUUAUCCCUAACGUUUUUUUCAUUUAGAUUGUUAUUGAAAAAUUUUUAGGAUGUAUUGAUGAAUUGUCAAAUGCUUAUGGUACUUUUAGGAUGGGUUUCCAGAAAAAGAGUGAGAAAGCAAAAUGCACCAAAGCCUAGCAAAUUCCUUUAAAGUUUACAAAAAAAAUGAAAAAGAAUGUGAUCCGAUGUUGAUUGAACUCGUGAACUCUCGAAAGAUGAAUCAAAGUGUGCAGCCGCUGUGCCAAGGGUGUUAUACUUGCCAAAAGCUAUAAUAAAACGAAAAUAACUUUUGAAUAUUUAAUUAAAAACAGAAAAAAGUGUAAGUAUACACAACGGGGAUCGAACACGGCUUAUUGUGUGAUAAGGGUACACUAAGAGUAGAAGGGCUUGCCACUAGGCUAUGGUGGAUAUUCGAUAACAGAGUAAAUGUGAACUUAUUUAUUCACAGACGAUAGAUUUAUAUAAUCUGGAUAUCAUUUUAGGUAUUCAGGAUAGCUUUCCAAAAACAAAUUCCUUUAAAGUUUACAAAAAAAAAAUGAAAAAGAAUGUGAUCUGAUGUUGAUUGAACUCGUGAACUCUCGAAAGAUGAAUCAAAGUGUGCAGCCGUUGUACCAAGGGUGUUAUACUUGCCAAAAGCUAUAAUAAAAC